AUGGAGUUGAAGUGCAAAAGCAGAUCAUCUCCAUUUUCAGCUGACAAAGAAAACCAAAACUCCAAUUGGCUCAAAACCAAGAAUUCCUUAAACCAUGUUCUCUACACAAUGCGCCUCAACUCCUUAACACCCAAACAAACCCAACCCUUAAACCAAAUCCAGCCGCCACCUCUAUCAGCACAGCCCACAAGCAGCAAAACCCAAGAUUUCACGCGAACAGAUCACGUUACUGAUAAAACCUCACUUGUUUCAGAUGAAAUCUUGCUCAAAAUCCUGUCCAAGCUCCCAAGAUCUCAAAGGGGUGCCAAUUCCCUUGUUUCGAAAAGGUGGCUCCAUCUGCAAGGCAGGCUUGUGAGGUCAAUUAAGCUUCUUGACUGGGAUUUUCUGUUGUCAGGUCGGUUGUUUGUGAGACUCCCUAACCUUGCUCGUGUUGAUUUGGUUAAUGGGUGUUUUGUUUCCCCUAGAAAUUCUGGUAUCUUUUGCACUCGCAACAAAAACGUGUCUUUCCAUGUGGGCUCUCCUGCCGAGGGUAAAGAUUGGAUUUUUAACGAGAAUUUCGUGUUGGAUGCCGAUGAGGUCGAUAGGGGUUUAAGGGUUUUAGCCGAUGGGUGUCCGAAUUUGAGGAAAUUGGUUGUGCUUAACUGCAGUGAAAUGGGUCUCUUGAGCUUGGCCGAAAAUUGUCCUGCAUUGCAAGAACUCGAGUUGCUCAAGUGCAGUGACCUCGUCUUGCGCGGGAUAGCUGCUUGUCAGAAAUUACAGAUCCUAAGAUUGACCGGGAUUGUAGAGGGAUUGUACGAUUCGUUAGUUUCGGAUGUUGGGUUGACUAUUUUAGCACAAGGGUGCAAGAGUCUUGUGAAGCUAGAGUUGACCGGGUGUAAGGGGGGCUAUGAGGGGAUUAAAGCUAUCGGGCAGUGCUGUCAAAUGCUUGAGGAGCUAACUUUUCGGGACCAUAAAAUGGAGGACGGGUGGUUGCCGGCCCUUUCGUACUGUGAGAAUUUGAAAAUUUUGAGGUUUGUUUUGUGUAAGGUGAUAGAUGGUGGCGAUGAAGUCGAUGGGGAUUUGGGAUCUUGUCCGGCCGUUGAGAGCCUGCAUUUGGAAAAAUGUCAGUUAAGGGAUAAGAGGAGUUUGAGGGCUUUGUUUCGAGUGUGCUGUACUGUGAGAAUAUUAGUUAUUAAGAGCUGUUGGGGAUUGAAUGAUGAUAUGUUCACAGCUUCAAGCAUCUUGAGGAAAGUGAGAUAUUUGUCUUUGGAAGGCUGCUCGAUUCUGACGACACACGGCCUGGAAUCCGUAAUAACUAAUUGGGAUGAGCUGGAGAGCCUCAAAAUAUAUUCAUGCAACAAUAUAAAAGACAGCGAAGUGACCCCUGCACUCUCUGCUGUGUUUUCUGCUCUCAAAGAUUUGAAAUGGAAACCCGAUACGAAAUUUCAGCUUUCGGCCAAUCUUGUUGGGAGCAACAUGGGAAAGAGGGGUAGUAAGUUUUUCAAGAAGUCUGCUGACUGGAAAUCUUUGCCUGGUGCAUAG